GUUUGCCACACGGUGAAAACAGAACUGUUGCUCAAAUCUCGUAACGUUUCCACGGUAGAAAUGUUUCGAGCACAUUUAUGACACGUUCUGCAAUGUGGGCUUGAAACUAUUUUUUAAUUUGCCAUCAAUCACCGAUAUGAUUAUUUGACCCCGUUUGGGAGGUUUCUGAUGACUCCUCUGGGUGCUGUAGUCAAAACACCCCAGACAGCUGAGAAUCACGUGACAUGACGUGUCACCAAGCAUGGCGGUGCUGAGCUGAGGUUAGCAGCUCUACUACGGGACUGACAUCGAUAGCCUGGGUUUCGUUAGCUUUCCUUGUUACCUGCUGCUUAUCCGCAGGGCCAGGCCGAAGAUGACGGCCUGAGAGAGGAGCAGGAACCAGACCGAGAGAUGCAGCAGCAGCAGCAACAACACGGGCCUCCACAGCAGCAGCAGCAGAGGGCAGAAAACAGUAAAACUAAGAGCAUGUUUCUUUCUCGGGCGCUGGAGAAAAUCCUCUCGGAUAAGGAGGUGAAGAGGAGCCAGCACAGCCAGCUGCGUAAAGCCUGUCAGGUGGCUCUCGAUGAAAUCAAGUCCGAGCUUGAGAAACAAAAGGAUGGAACAGUGGUCCCACCUAGAGCCAACUACAUCGAGGCUGACAAAUAUGUGCUUCCCUUCGAGUUGGCCUGUCAGUCAAAGUCCCCCCGGAUAGUUAGCACCUCUUUGGACUGUCUGCAGAAGCUGAUUGCGUACGGCCACAUCACAGGCAACGCCCCUGACAGCAGAACCCCAGGCAAGAGACUGAUCGACCGGCUGGUGGAAACCAUCUGCAACUGCUUCCAGGGCCCACAGACUGAUGAGGGAGUCCAGCUACAGAUCAUCAAGGCCCUGCUGACGGCGGUGACCUCCCCGCACAUAGAGAUUCACGAGGGCACAAUCCUCCUCACCGUCAGGACCUGCUACAACAUCUACCUGGCCAGCCGCAACCUCAUCAACCAGACCACCGCUAAAGCCACGCUCACACAGAUGCUCAACGUUAUCUUCACACGCAUGGAGAACCAGGCUGCUCUGGAGGCCCAGGAGCAAGAGAAGGAACGGCUGCGUCUGCCCCAGCAGAACCCGUCCCCAGUCCCAGGUAGCCGGAGGUCCGGCUCCCCCCGGUCUGACCGCACACCUACUCCAGAGCCCCAGAGUUCCCCAUCCCCAGCAGCCAGUACUCCAGACCUCACUACCACCACCAGCUCCACGCCCCCACCCCCAGCUCCGGACCUGGACCAGGACCAAGCGCCAGACACACCAUCAAUUAAUGGGGAGCCUGAGGGGAGCAAUGUACCAAUGAAUGGAGGAGCAGAACAAGUCACACCAUCAAGAGAUUCAGUUUUUGAAGAUGAAGGUGCAGAGACGCCUCCUGUUGUAGCGGCUCAGCCGGCUGAAGAAGCAGAGAGCAAUCCAGCAGAGUCAGCAGCGCCUGAAGGAGACGAGGGAGAGCAACCACCAACACAGAUUCACACUGGAACAGGAGGCGAUUACCCAGCCCACCCUGUCACUGAGCAGACAGAUGUGGUUCCCUCCAGAGUCAGAGCCGAGGGUCAGCAGAUGAACGGCAUCAUCGAGGACCGCUCUUCUGUUUCUUCAGCUGAUAUGCUGGAUGCUGAGGCCCUGCAGGGACCCCACAACGCCGCCCGUUUCUCUCACAUCCUGCAGAAGGAUGCAUUUCUGGUGUUUCGCUCAUUGUGCAAACUCUCCAUGAAGCCCCUUGCAGAUGGACCUCCAGACCCAAAGUCCCACGAGUUGCGGUCCAAGAUCGUUUCCCUGCAGCUGCUGCUCUCUGUGCUGCAGGGCGCCGGGCCAGUGUUUCGCACUCAUGAGAUGUUCGUUAACGCAAUCAAACAGUAUCUUUGUGUGGCACUGUCUAAAAACGGCGUCUCCUCCGUGCCUGAGGUCUUCGAGCUCUCGCUUGCCAUCUUCCUCACCUUGCUCUCCCACUUCAAAGUCCACCUGAAGAUGCAGAUCGAGGUGUUUUUUCGGGAGAUCUUUCUGACCAUCCUGGAGACGUCGACCAGCUCCUUUGAGCACAAGUGGAUGGUCAUCCAGACACUAACACGCAUCUGCGCAGAUGCUCAGUGUGUCGUCGACAUCUAUGUGAACUACGACUGCGACUUAAACGCUGCCAACAUCUUUGAACGCCUUGUCAACGACCUCUCUAAGAUUGCUAUGGGCAGGAGUGGUCAGGAGCUCGGGAUGACUCCUCUACAGGAGCUGAGCCUACGUAAGAAGGGUUUGGAGUGUCUGGUGUCAAUCCUCAAAUGUAUGGUGGAGUGGAGCAAAGACAUGUAUGUCAAUCCAAACCUUCAAGCUAACCUGGGCCAGGAGCAUCCGUCUGAUAACGAGGGAGGAGAGCUGAAGCUCCCAGAGCAGCUGGCGGGACGUCGAGACAGCAUCAGCUCGCUGGACUCCACCGUCUCCUCCAGUGUUGCGCUCUCCCAGGCCGACCACCCGGAGCAGUAUGAGGUUAUCAAACAGCAGAAGGACAUCAUCGAGCACGGCAUCGAACUCUUCAACAAGAAGCCGAAGCGAGGUAUCCAGUACCUGCAGGACCAGGGCAUGCUGGGUUCCACAGCUGAGGACAUCGCCCAGUUCCUACACCAGGAGGACAGGCUGGACACGACCCAAGUGGGUGAAUUCUUGGGUGAGAACAUCAAGUUCAACAAAGAAGUGAUGUACUGCUACGUGGACCAGCUGGACUUCUGCGGGCGGGACUUUGUCUCGGCACUCAGAGCGUUCCUGGAAGGCUUCAGGCUGCCGGGGGAGGCACAGAAGAUUGAUAGACUGAUGGAGAAGUUCGCUGCUCGAUACCUGGAGUGCAACCAGGGACAGACUCUGUUUGCCAGUGCAGACACUGCUUACGUGCUGGCAUACUCCAUCAUUAUGCUCACCACAGACCUGCACAGUCCUCAGGUGAAGAACAAAAUGACAAAGGAGCAGUACAUCAAGAUGAACCGUGGUAUUAAUGACAGUAAGGACCUGCCGGAAGAGUAUCUAUCUUCCAUAUAUGAUGAGAUCGCAGGCAAGAAGAUUGCCAUGAAGGAGAGCAAAGAGUUUUCAAUCACCCCCAAGUCCACCAAGCAGAGCGUGGCCAGCGAGAAGCAACGCCGUCUGCUGUACAACAUGGAGAUGGAGCAGAUGGCGAAGACGGCUAAAGCUCUGAUGGAGGCCGUCAGCCACGCUCAGGCCCCCUUCUUCAGUGCUACGCACCUGGAGCAUGUCAGGCCCAUGUUCAAGCUGGCGUGGACCCCCCUGCUGGCAGCGUUCAGCGUGGGACUGCAGGACUGCGAUGACCCAGAAGUGGCCUCACUGUGUCUGGAAGGUAUUCGAUGUGCCAUCAGGAUCGCCUGCAUCUUCAACAUGCAGUUGGAACGAGAUGCGUAUGUCCAGGCCUUGGCCAGAUUCACCCUCCUGACAGCCAGUUCCAGCAUCACAGAGAUGAAACAGAAGAAUAUUGAUACCAUCAAGACCCUGAUCACUGUGGCCCACACUGAUGGAAACUACCUGGGCAACUCCUGGCAUGAGAUCCUGAGGUGUAUCAGUCAGCUGGAGCUUGCCCAGUUGAUUGGCACUGGGGUGAAGACACGCUACAUCUCGGGGGUGGUCCGGGACAAAGACGGCGGCAUCAAGGGCUUACCCACCGGCACAGAAGAGUUCAUGCCCCUGGGACUAGGAAACCUGGUGGGAAGUCAGGACAAGAGACAGAUGGCUCACAUCCAGGAGUCAGUAGGAGAGACCAGUUCUCAGAGUGUAGUGGUAGCUGUGGACAGGAUCUUCACUGGCUCCACCAGACUAGAUGGAAAUGCAAUCGUGGACUUUGUGCGGUGGCUGUGUGCGGUGUCAAUGGAUGAGUUGGCCUCAGCACACCAGCCAAGGAUGUUCAGCCUGCAGAAGAUUGUGGAAAUCUCCUAUUACAACAUGAACCGCAUCAGGCUGCAGUGGUCUCGAAUCUGGCAGGUCAUAGGCGACCACUUCAACAAGGUGGGCUGUAACCCCAAUGAGGAUGUGGCCAUCUUUGCUGUGGACUCACUGAGGCAGCUCUCCAUGAAGUUCUUGGAGAAAGGAGAGCUGGCCAAUUUCCGCUUCCAGAAAGACUUCCUCAGACCUUUUGAGCACAUCAUGAAGAAAAACAGGUCCCCCACUAUCAGAGACAUGGUGAUCAGGUGUGUGGCUCAGAUGGUAAACUCCCAGGCAGCCAACAUCCGUUCAGGUUGGAAGAACAUCUUCUCAGUGUUUCACCAGGCAGCCUCCGACCACGACGAGACCAUAGUGGAACUAGCCUUCCAGACCACCGGCCACAUUGUCAUGAACACCUUCCAGGAGCACUUUGCAGCUGCUAUCGAUUCGUUCCAGGAUGCAGUGAAGUGUCUGUCAGAGUUCGUGUGCAACGCAGCUUUUCCUGACACUAGCAUGGAGGCUAUCAGACUCAUACGGCACUGCGCUAAAUACGUCUCCGAAAGGCCACAGGCGCUGAGGGAAUACACCAGCGAUGACAUGAACGUUGCCCCUGGCGAUCGGGUGUGGGUUCGUGGCUGGUUUCCCAUCCUGUUUGAGCUUUCUUGUAUCAUCAACCGCUGCAAGCUGGAUGUCCGAACCAGAGGUCUAACAGUCAUGUUUGAGAUCAUGAAGAGUUACGGCCACACCUUUGAGAAGCACUGGUGGCACGACCUCUUCAGAAUCGUCUUCCGCAUCUUUGACAACAUGAAGCUCCCUGAGCAGCAGACAGAGAAAACUGAGUGGAUGACGACAACAUGCAACCAUGCACUAUAUGCCAUCUGUGAUGUGUUCACCCAGUUCUACGAGCCUCUCAGUGAAAUCCUGCUGGCAGACAUUUUCACACAGUUACAGUGGUGUGUCAGGCAAGACAACGAGCAGCUGGCUCGGUCGGGGACCAACUGUCUGGAGAACCUGGUGAUUCUGAACGGGGAGAAGUUCAGCCCCUCAGUCUGGAACAUCACCUGCUCCUGCAUGCUUGAGAUCUUCCAGAACACCAGCCCUCACGUUUUGUUGACUUGGCGGCCGGCUGGACAGGAGGAGGAAGCUGCUGAUGGCAAACAUUUUGAUGCUGAUUUUGACACCCAGUCCCAAAGCAGCUACGACAGAGCUCUGUCUGAGAGAGGACACAGCCAGAUGUCCAGCGACGACACCUGGAAGGGAAAGUCCAACGCUAGAGUUUCAGACCAGAAGCUGUUUGCGGGACUGCUGAUUAAAUGCGUGGUACAGCUCGAACUGAUCCAGACCAUAGACAACAUCGUCUUCUUCCCGACAACCAGCAAGAAAGAGGAUGCUGAGAACAUGGCUGCGGCACAGCGAGAUGCUCUGGAAGAGUCGGAAGCUGAAGGAGGAGAGCCGGGUCCAGAUCAGGGUAUGUACAGACACAUGACCUCUGCACACCUCUUCAAGCUGCUGGACUGUCUGCUGGAGUCGCACACCUUCGCCAAGGACUUCAACUCCAACAACGAACAAAGGACAGCGCUCUGGAGGGCAGGCUUUAAAGGGAAAUCCAAGCCCAACUUGUUGAAGCAGGAGACCAGCAGUCUCGCCUGCAGCCUGAGGAUUUUGUUCAGGAUGUACUCUGAUCGUCAGCUGCAGGACUCAUGGCCUGACAUCCAGACACGCCUGCUGCUGGUGUGUAGUGAAGCUCUGGCCUACUUCAUCAGUUUGACCUCGGAGAGCCACAGAGAGGCUUGGAACAGCCUGUUGAUGCUGCUGCUCACCAGGACGCUACGGCUGCCUGACGACAAGUUCAAGCCCCACGCUUCCUGCUACUACCCUCACCUGUGUGAAAUGAUGCAGUUUGACCUGAUCCCCGAGCUGCGGGCCGUCCUCAGGCGCUUCUUCCUGCGGAUCGGUUCCGUCUUCCACAUCGCGGCUCCCGACGGGCCGCCCGCCUGGAUUCCCGCAUCUUAGAACGGGCGCGCGUGCGUGUGUGUGUGUGUGCGGGAACAGGUGGAAGGAAGGACGGGAGAAACGGGGGGGGGGGGAUGACAGCGGACACUGAUGAGAGACUUAUCCCCUCUUUUGGACUGAAGCAGUUUACAGAGGGGGGGGGGCUACACUGUCAGGAGGAAGACGAUGAAGACUGUAGCUUUUCUGUCUCAGUUCAGGACUUCAGCGUUAAAGUGUUCAGCUUUUCUACUGCGUUCAUCUUGUAGAAAAGUCUUUUUUUUCCUGUUCUUUCUUCCUUCUUUCUCUCGGGGAUGAACAGCACUGUGACCAGCGCUCUCUGCUGACUGUUGUCAUUCAUCAUCCCCCCUGUAAUAACUAGAAACGAACUGUAAACAAAUAAUUUAUUGAAAUUGUUGCAAACCCUGUAUCUGAUUUUGAUGGUUUUGUUUUUUGUUUGUUUGUUUUUUUUUUAAAUACUUAACUAAGAAAAAAAAAGUAUAUCAAAAUGCUGAAAGCAAAUGAACAACACCAUUGAAUCGGAUGAACUUUACAUUUGCCCUUUGUGAAAAUCUCUAUUGGCCACCUGUGCCUGUUAGAAAAUGAUGACACCAUCAGUGUCGCCCUUAUUGUGAGUUUGGUGAUCUAAUCAAAGUAUGUUGUAAUAUCUGGACCCUCAUGUAUCAGUGUCCAUCCCAAAGCAUUGUUUGUCACUUUAAUGUUUAUGUUCCCUCUUAUGUCUGUGUUAUUAGGUAGCGGGCUAUUGGCAAACUCUCAGCUGCAGGUGACAAGAAUCUGCAUGUCCUACAACACUAUCAAAGAUCAGCCGCGGCUUUGACUCUGUGACGUCUCUGCUCUCUGUGACACAACCGUCCCGUCAUCUUUAUCAGUCUUGCCUGUCAACGAGAUUUUACUUAUUUAUUUCGCUCAUUCGCUUUAAUUUGUUUUUUUGUUGUUUUUUUGAGGAUAAUCGCUGGUUUACAAUGAAAGGUUGUUUGAAAGACUGGUUACUUCCCUCUGUCAUGCAUUCCUUUGUAUGUUGACCUAGUAAGCCUUACACUGAAGGACUGAACAUGGUGUCAACUCUUCCCGGCUUUCAGAAUUACAGCUGGCUCAUAAAACGCUUCACUAAUCCAUCAAUUGGCCCUAUAAGGUGACACACAGUAGUCGUCUAUUUCCAUCACACUCUUUUGCACAUCUGUUGCUGACUGUGUUAAGACAGUCUUGUAUUAACACCGCUCAGUGUACCGACUUGUUCGGGAUAGUCAGAAUGCCCAUCAGUGUUGUGUCACAUUCAACAGUAAAAGUUCAACCACGGAAGGGUUCAGGAACGGAGCCAAACCAAAGCUCACAUCUACAGAGACAGUGGAAUCUCCGCAUCCUGAAUCCUCGUUUAUUUCAUGCCUUUUUUUUAAAGAAGGAUGUAUGUAAUUAUUUAAAGUGCAUUUAAAUAUUUUUUUUUUGAGAAGCAUUCCUUCCCUCGCAACUAUGGAUGUCUACUUUUCUUCCCUAACGCUAGGGAACAUAUAAAUAUAUAUAUAUACAGUAAAUGAAAAAAUGCAGACUGUAAAGUUUUCAAUGUAAGAUACAUAGAAAUGAAAGCGCUAUACGGUUCUAUACAUAAUAUUGUGAUGUAAUCUUCCAAGCAUUUGGUGAAGUAAUCAAUAAACCUGAAUUCUGAUCCACUCCAUUGA